GAUCAACUUAAAAAAAAAGGAAAAGAAAGAAAAAAGAUAAACAAAAUCAGUUUUCCAGUAAUUUCGUCAUGCCGUUCUAGAAAAAGGAUUAAAGGCCUGCUUUUCUUUUGUAGAUCUAUGUAAAUUAAACAUACUCAUUUUCAAUGCCAACCAGUAUAUUAGAUACAUAUGAUGAACCGCAAGGCCGAGAAGUAAAACCUCGAAUGGCUACAGGUUUAAUUCUUGCUGGUCUUGGCAUAGCAGCUAUUGGUUUCGCUGGUCGUUAUGCCCUUAGAGCUGGGCGGCUAGCGCAACAGACCUUAAACCAAACGAUUGGGGAACUCCCAAGUGGUAGCUUCAGUAAAUACUACAGAGGUGGUUUCGAACCUCAGAUGAGUAAAAGAGAAGCUGGACUUAUCUUGGGAGUAAGCCCAACAGCAAAUAAAAUUAAAAUCAAAGAAGCCCACAAAAGAAUAAUGUUGCUGAAUCAUCCUGAUAGAGGUGGCUCACCAUAUUUGGCUGCUAAGAUAAACGAAGCUAAAGACUAUUUUGAUAAAGCUCGUCCUGGAGGAAGUUGAAAUGAUGCAUAUUAUUGUUUAUUAUAUUCAUUAUUUUAUCAAGUUCUCAUUUGUACAUUAUCCUCACAUGUGAUAAGUCUUUCUAGAAUUUGUUUUGGCAGUCACAUCUGAUGAACAAUUACAAAAACAAAAUCCAGAAAUUGUGUAUGCCGAAAAUUCUAUGGUUUUAAAGGAUGUUAGUGUGUAAAGAUUUUUUUUUUGGACUUUAUAAGGUUUGAAGUGUGAAUGAAAGUAGAUAAGUGAUUAUGCAUUAAAAUACAUAAAACAUU